GUUAAGCAUCAGUCUAAUGUGCUCUGUUAUGCUCUGUUAUGUUAUGCAUCUGUGUAAAUUUGUAAAUAAGAAUGUGUGUGUGUGUAUAUACAUGUAUGCUUUUAUACUGAAAAGUACCUGUAGAGGAAGUUAAACUUUGACCUCGUAAAUUGACCAAUAAAAGGGAGCAUUGGUGUUUUAGUGGCCGCAAUCAGUGUGUGCUACCACCAGUGAAGGCCCGUGAAACAGACGCUCUGUUUAUGGAUUUAUUUCCUCCUUUUUAAUCCUGGAGAUUCAUUUUGGAGUCUUGGACCAACCGCUGGGUAAACGAAACUCUGCUAACAGGUUAUGGGCCCAGAGCAGAGCCCAGAGCGAUGCCCGGACCAGAAUGAAUUGUGAACCAGGAACGCUGAGCACCAAGCUAAUCAGGACAGCUGGGAAAGCAUCCUGCUAGCGUGUGAGGAGCACAGAACCGACCAACAGCAAGUCCGGUGAGUCGAGUGAGAGCUACGACGUGUGUCGGACACUAUGAGUCGGAAGACAGUGGAAGCCAGUACCCGCUGGUCAAGACUGGUAUUUGACGGAGACGAGGAUAAAUAUGAACUGUGGGAAACAAAGUUUCUCGGACACCUCCGGCUACAAGGUUUGAAAGACAUUAUAUUAAAACCGAAAGACGAUGACGAUGAUGAGGAAUAUGAUUCAAAGAACGCAGAGGCAUAUGCCGAACUUAUACAAUUCCUGGAUGAUAAGAGCCUUUCACUGGUGAUGAGAGACGCAGCUGACGACGGGCGGAAAGCUCUAAUUAUCUUGAGAGAACACUAUGCCGGGAAGGGAAAACCCCGCAUAAUAAGCUUAUAUACAGAACUGACUGCAUUACAGCAGAAGAGCGGCGAGAGUGUAACGGAUUAUGUUUUGAGAGCCGAGGCCGCCAUUACAGCGCUGAGAACCGCAGGUGAAACUUUGAGCGAUGGACUGCUAAUAGCAAUGGUUUUAAAAGGUCUACCUGAAUCAUUUACGCCUUUUAGAAUCCAUGUGACACAAAGUGAUGAUGACAUGACUUUUUCAGAAUUUAAAAGUAAACUGAGAAGUUAUGAAGAAACUGAAAAACUGCGUGUGGACACUGCCACAGAGGACAAUGUGAUGGCAGCACGGAUGAAUGAGAGGGUCAAGCACCUGAAGCCGAAAUAUGUUCAACCAAGCAUGCACGAGCGGAGCGCUGAUAGUAAAGACUUUAUUUGUUUUAAAUGCGGUAAAAAGGGACACAAAGCUAAUGUAUGUGACCGCAAAAAGUGGUGUAGGCAUUGCAAGACCACCACGCACCAGACUGAAGUGUGCAGAAAGAAACACAGAGAUGAUGAAGCACGGAAAGCUGCUGAUGACUACGAGGGAAAGGAAUACGCAUUCCGACUACAAGACGCUGACGGCGAGAUGGACGAAACCAGAACCAGGAAUCUGAUGGUGGACACAGGAGCAACGUCCCACAUUAUCACGGAUCCAGAGAGGUUCAGGAGGUUCGACGAGGACUUCGAGCCGAGGUCUCAUUACAUCGAGCUGGCAGACGGAACCCGGAGCAGAGGAGUGGCUGAACGGAGAGGAGAGGCUGUGGUAACAUUGAUCGACAGCAGAGGGGUCCAACACAAGGUGGUGCUAAAGAGAGCACUAUACAUCCCUUCAUAUCCACAAGACAUUUUCUCUGUGAAGGCAGCUACUACCAAUGGAGCAACGGUCAUCUUCAAGCGAGGUAAUAAUGUACUGAGACAUUCUGAUGGAACGAGAUUCCCCAUCAAGGAGUACAACAGACUAUUCUAUCUACGAACUAACAACACUGGACCACAGUCAAGCAUGUAUUGAGAUACCUCAAAGGCACACAAGAGAAGAAACUAUGCUACCAGAAAUGUGGAGGUGAAAAGCUAGGACUACGUGCUUACAGUGACGCAGAUUGGGCUUCAGAUGCAAAAGAUCGUAAGAGUAUGACAGGUUAUUGCAUCAGCCUAUCAGAGAAGGGACCACCUAUAUCCUGGAAAACCAAAAAGCAGUCUACAAUUGCUUUGUCUACGUGUGAAGCGGAGUACAUGUCUCUAGCAGCCACUGUCCAGGAAUGUUUAUAUUUGAUGCAACUUCUUGAGCACAUGGACAGUUAUGAAUAUGGACAACCAAAGGUGUAUGAGGACAAUCAGAGUGCAAUAGCUUUAGCUAAAAACCCUGUGAACAGACAAAGAUGUAAACAUGUUGACAUAAAAUAUCAUUUCAUAAGAGCAACAUUUAAAGAAGGACUUAUGGAUUUAAUAUAUUUGCCAACAGAACAUAUGCUCGCAGAUGUAAUGACUAAACCUACAACUGUGUGUAAGUUGAACAGGUUCAACAAACUGUUAUUUGGAAUGUAAAGUUAAAACAAGAAGACAAGUGCAAACAAUCACAGAGCAAGUGGGGGUGUUAAGCAUCAGUCUAAUGUGCUCUGUUAUGCUCUGUUAUGUUAUGCAUCUGUGUAAAUUUGUAAAUAAGAAUGUGUGUGUGUGUAUAUACAUGUAUGCUUUUAUACUGAAAAGUACCUGUAGAGGAAGUUAAACUUUGACCUCGUAAAUUGACCAAUAAAAGGGAGCAUUGGUGUUUUAGUGGCCGCAAUCAGUGUGUGCUACCACCAGUGAAGGCCCGUGAAACAGA